UGAGGUCCGUUCAGCUUAUAAAUACCGCCUCCUGCGAUUCACCGAUAACGCUGAGAGACGACAAGAGACAAGGAUACGACGUGACACCGGGAAAACAAACAAGAACGACUUGCAGGUGAGAAAUGGCUCGUACCAAGCAGACUGCUCGUAAAUCCACUGGAGGAAAGGCGCCUAGGAAGCAGCUGGCAACCAAAGCAGCCAGGAAAAGUGCGCCAUCCACUGGUGGAGUGAAGAAGCCCCACAGAUACAGGCCAGGUACUGUUGCUCUGCGAGAGAUUCGUCGAUACCAGAAGUCCACUGAGCUGCUGAUCAGGAAAUUGCCUUUCCAGCGUCUUGUAAGAGAAAUAGCUCAGGAUUUCAAGACAGAUCUGCGUUUCCAGAGUGCAGCAAUUGGUGCUCUCCAGGAAGCCAGCGAGGCAUACUUGGUUGGACUGUUUGAAGACACCAACCUGUGCGCCAUUCAUGCAAAGAGGGUUACCAUCAUGCCAAAGGACAUCCAGCUGGCCAGGCGAAUCAGAGGAGAGAGGGCAUAAAUGAUCACUUUGGGUUUUAACUUUUUAGUGGGGUGGGGUGGGUAGGAGUGACCAGGGUUUUGUUUUGUAAAUCUUGAACUAUUACCAGCAUGAGUGCCACAUAUUUGUAGUUUUGGGUAUGUUUUUUUUGUACUUAAUUUUUUCAUGUUGUAUGAUCUCUUUAAAUGUCCUGUUCAUUGUAGACUAGAACUUCAUACCUGUAAAUGCUGAAAUAUUCCAUUCCUUUCUCAGGUUGGCAAAUAUUUUAGUCUGUACUUUUUUUUUUUUUUUUUUCUAAAUCCUGUGUUUGCAUGUCAUAGGAUUUCCUGUUGUGCUGUAAAUAAACUUUCCGCUACCUCA